AUGCCUUUAGCUGACAUUAGCACGUCACUUCCGGCCAUUUCAGCCAUCGAUCCAAUCGAAUUUCUGCUCACAAUCGCUGUUUUCAUCGUCAUGGUUUCUGUAUUUGCAAUGUGCACCUGCUGCGGGAAUGAUAAAACUAACAGAGAUAAGCAAGACGAGACGGAUUAUGGAGUAGUCACGGUUACCGGAAAUCCUCCGGCAAGUUCCAAACCGGCCGCUCUUAACAACAUCAAUUUUCGUCCGAAUCCCGUCAAAGCUCCUCAUGAAAGACAUUCUCAACCUGUCACUAAUAUGUUACAGAACAUGCUGACCUUCAACCGUCAAUCGGCGCCAGGUCGAGCGCUUCCCAAAUUGCCGGCAGAUUUGUAUACGGCAAUUGACAAAAAAGCUAAACGAGGUGGGGUCACAGCAGGGGAAAUUGACGAUAUCCGAUUUGUUGAUGAAACUGUGAAUCCAAUGUAUGAAUGUAUCGACGCGGAAACUGAUUCGUUUGUCGAUCCGCUCUAUUCAAAAGUUGGAGAAGUCAGCGGAGCAACAACUAGCCGUGAUCGCAAGUACGACUAUCCAAUCUUCUCCGGUAGACCACAAAACCGUACUCGUCCCGAUGAAACGGUAUAUCAAAGUGCAUCUCAAAUCUACGCUCCUAAUUCUGAAGAUCCGUAUAGUUCAAUCACAUCGGAACGAGGCAGGAAUGUAAUUGAAAACGAUGGUGACAACAGCAGCGCGUACGAUCCAGGAUAUGCAAAAGUGAACCUAAAUGUUCAACCAAAAACUGGAGUGGAUAAAAAGAAAUCAAAGAUCGAGAAGACGGAAAGAGAACUUGAUCUUCUGUAUUCCAAGAUUCGACGAAAUGUGUCCCACUACGGAGAUGAUUCGCAACCCGGUCCAUCAAAUAGACCGGAGCCUAUUCUCCCAGCUUUUCCUAUAGUUGACCCGAUUCCACCUGCUAUUCCGUUUGAUGGACAAUCAGCUGUUUCUAGCAGAGAACCGUCUUAUCGGUACAUUACAAUGAGAGAAAAUGCUGAUGUUGUUCGAGAACGAUUACGGCAACAAGGCCAGUUGGACCAGCCGAGAAGGGAACAUUACUAUUCGACAAUUGGAAAUGAGUAUGAAACGAUUGCAAAUGGGAAUGUGUCAAACAACGUGCAAACUCCGAUAUCCAUCGAUACACAACGAGCUCCACUUGCCAACAUUUCCACCAGCUCUAUUCUCGAUGCUCCACCACCACCAACGUCUCCAAUUCCAGGACGUAGUCGACCUGUUUCUUAUAUCGACACUUAUACAAGUUCUAACAAUGGUGGUCCAGCAAUCCCACCACCACCAGAUCUCAGGUGUUCUCCAGUCCCACCUCGUCCUCCAGGAGAAGACCUUCAACCACACGUUUUUUCCAUUUCUCAUGCAUCGUCUUCAUCAGCGGGAGCGCCACAACGAGUGUCCUAUUCAAUUGAUUGCAAUGAUGCGUAUACAAUGCCAACAACCAAUCGACCGACGUCUUCGUAUAGAAGUUUAGAGACGUUGUUGGGAAAAAGAACGGUUGAGGAAAAAGAGACAAUUGUUGAACAAAGGUCGACGUUUGCUACCGGUGUUCCGAUUCCGGGUGCAAAUACGUCAAAUAUCAAUGAGUCGAUGAGUCGGAGCAUGGAUUCGUGGGGAACAACAUCCAGUCGAGCAAUUCACGAAGUGCCUAUUCGAAGAUUAGAUCGAAAUUAUGAUGGAGGCGGUCCCGGUGUGGACGUCAUUAUAUCAGGAAGACGUUAUCGAAGUGGACAAGGCGUUUCGGAAGAGCCGAUCAGUUCAACGUCAGUUCAGGAGCUGAAAACGGAACCUGAAACCAAAGAAAUUAAUACUGAUAAACGAAAAGACCGUACGAAGAGUUCCAGUGAAGACGAAGCAGAAACUGGCAGGUCAAGUCGGAUGUCAAGAAAUAAAAAAGGUUGGAAAGAGGAGAGUGAAGAAGAACGGAUAAAACGUCUUGGUACUAUAUACACUGCCAACGACUACGUCUGUCAAAUAGAUAUGACAGAUCAGAAGCCAUGGCCUCUGGGUGGAAAUUCGAGUAGUACUGGUAGCUGA